AUGACACCACCUCCACCAAAACACCACCAUCGUCACCACAAAGCAUCUGCACCACAUCAUCAUCAUGGUCACCAUAAGCCUCCGCCGCCCCCACCACCACCGCCACCAUCUUAUCCCGUGUCUCCACCAACCCCAACAAAUGUCCCAUUAUCACCACCAAAAUCAACUCCAAAUGCACCAUCACCAUCAGCAUCACAUUGCUUAGCACCUCCAAAGCCAACUCCAAGUACCCCUUCUAGUCCAGUUCCAGUGCCCUCGCCACAUCCUGCAAAGGCAACUCCUCCAAGUAAGGCAUCACGCCCUAAACCCUCAUAUCCGCCACGCCCUGGCAAAGGUCCAACUCCACCUCCAAAAUCACCACCAGCGGCUGCACCUGGCCCAUACAUUGGUAAAACACCUCCUACUCCCUGCAAUGGAUCACCACCUCACUCUGCACCUGCACCUCCAAAGCCAACUCCAAGUACCCCUUCUAGUCCACCUACAGUGCCCCCGCCACAUCCUGCAUCCCCAACUCCUCCAAGUAAGGCAUCACCCCCUAAACCUUCAUAUCCACCAAGCCCUGGUAAAGGUCCAACUCCACCUCCAAAAUCACCAACAGCGGCUGAACCGGGCCCAUACAUCGGUAAAACACCUCCUACUCCCUGCAAUGGAUCACCACCUCACUCUGCACCUGCACCUCCAAAGCCAACUCCAAGUACACCUCUAGUCCACCUACUGUGCCCCCUCCACAUCCUGCAUCCCCAACUCCUCCAAGUAAGCGCAUCACCCCCUAAACCUUCAUAUCCACCAAGGCCCUGCCCUGGUAAAGGUCCAACUCCACCUCCAAAAUCACCACCAGCAGCUGCACCUGGCCCAUACAUUGGUAAAGCACCUCCUACUCCCUACAAGGGAUCACCACCUCACUCUGCACCACCAGCAAAACCACCCAAAUCUUCAUCACCUUCAUACUCUCCACCAUCCCAUUACGUGCCACCACCAAAACUAACACCCGGUAGUUUAUCUCCCGCACCAGCACCUACUCCUUAUGGGGCAACCCCACAUUUCAGUUCUGUGCCACCCCCAUCAGAAGUACUAACAGCAGCACCACCACCACCAGCAGGAGGCAACCGCACAACUAUUAUCGCCGUGUGCGUUUCUCUCGGUGGUGUAUUUUUCCUCGCAAUCCUUUUGGUUGGUCUCAUUUGUCUAGCAAAGAGGAAAAAGAAGCCAAUAAUGGUUCCUGCAGCAGUGCCUUGCUCUGAUGAAGAACGUGAACAAGCCUGCGAGACACCCCCAACAAACCCAUAUGCGGAACCAUCUGUGCAUGACGCUCAUAUUCACCAGCAAGCUAUAGGAGCCGGCGCUGUUGGUUCACAUGUUGGGGCCUCAGAUAGCCCUCAUUGUGAACCAGGGUACGGCGGUGGGUCUUCUCAUUACUAA